ACUAUCAAAUAUUCACUAUUAGCUAUAAUCUUUCGUGUUCAAGUUGUCUUUGUUUCGUACUUUUAAGAGAAAUGGCGAUGAUUCCGAGUUUGUUCGGCAACCGAAGGAGCAGCAUCUUCGAUCCAUUCUCGUUUGAUGUUUGGGAUCCAAUCAAGGAAUUUCCUUCACAUUCUUCACUCACCAGCAGCCAAACCUCCGAUGCCUCUGCAUUCGUCAACGCCCGAAUCGAUUGGAAGGAGACUCCAGAAGCUCACGUCUUCAAGGCUGAUCUCCCUGGGCUUAAGAAAGAACAAGUGAAAGUGGAGAUUGAAGAAGACGGUGUACUUCAAAUCAGCGGAGAGAGGAAUGUUGAGAAGGAAGACAAGACUGAUACUUGGCACCGGGUCGAACGUAGCAGUGGGAAAUUCAAGAGGAGAUUCAGGCUGCCUGAGAACGUGAAAAUGGAUCAAGUUAAAGCUUCCAUGGAAAAUGGGGUUCUUACGGUUACUGUUCCCAAGGUGGAAGUGAAGAAGCCUGACGUCAAAACCAUUGAAAUUUCUGGUUAAGUACCCUCUGUUUGCUGUUUUUGUUGCUAAUAUUAGAACAUGUUUACUCUUCGUUCGACAAGUUUUCAAAUGUUAUUUUGUCAUGUUAAAGUGAUGAAUAAAGUCAAGUCUGAGAUUGUGCAGAGAA